AUGGACUCUCUUAAUACCACCUGCAUCAGCGGCGCCGAGCCUGUCAGACUUAAUACCGAUGGAACAUGCAACCUAGGUUUCUUAUGCCUGAACAGUACUAUCGAGAACCCCCCAACCUUCUGUGCACCAACACCAGAAUGUCUUGUUCACCGUUUGCAGUCAGUAGAUAAUGUAUGUUACGAACCACAGGGAGACCACGAGCCUAUCAUUUGUGCACCAGGCUAUUACUGUAGCCCCGGAGGGAAAACGGUUGAAAAAUGUCCAAAAGGUCACUUUUGUUCUCUCGGCGCCGUCGAACCGACACCAUGUGGCCCGGCAUCAAUAUGCCCUUCUGGGGCCUGGAAGGAACUAGUUAUGGAUGGAUUUAUAGCUGUUAUCGUGAUCGACUUUGUCUUACUCGUCCUCAUGAUAAAACCUGUCAUGGCGCUGGCCGCUACUUUGUUUCGAGUUUUAAUGGGUGGCUCGCCCGCCUCCCGAGCAUCGUCGACUUUAACCGUAUCAGACAUAGAAGAAGACGCUGGCAGGCCAGCAUCUACUAUUAAUGACGACGAAUACAUAUCAGAGAAAGAUAGAUUCUCUCGUUUUGCAGCUUCGGUUAAACGCUGUGUCGGGUCAGCUGAUGUUGGAAUGUCGUUCAGUUUUAAAAAUGUAUCUCGCACCCUGGAAAGUGGCAAGGAGAUAGUAGCCCCUCAGACCGGUCAUAUUGAAAAGGGCACUUUAUGGGGUGUCAUGGGUGCAUCAGGCGCUGGGAAGACUAGCUUUGUUAAUCUUAUAAUGGGCAAGACAGAACAGACUGAUGGAGAGAUAUUUGUGAACCGGGUGCCAUGUCGUAUUUCGAAAUUCAAACGUUUAAUUGGAUACGUUCCGCAAGACGAUGUUCUCAUGGCAGAGCUAACCGUCAGAGAGAAUAUCAUGCACAGCGCUCGGAUCCGGUUACCAUCAACUUGGACUGAUACAGAAUGUACUGUACAUGUGGACACUUUAAUUUCUUGUCUCGGCCUUUCUCACGUGCAGAAUAAUGUGGUCGGUGAUGCAGUAGAAUCUUAUAUUUCUGGUGGACAGCGAAAACGAGUCAGUAUAGGUAUGGAGCUAGCAGCAGCUCCUUUAGCCUUGUUCUUAGAUGAGCCAACGUCAGGACUCGAUUCAACCUCGGCUCUCUCUAUUGUACGCCUCCUCAAAACGCUUUCACAAUUAGGUGUAACGAUAAUUUGCAUCAUCCACCAGCCACGGCUAGAAAUCCUAGAAAUUCUAGAUGGCAUUCAUCUUCUUGGUCGAGGACGCCAGCUUUAUCACGGAAAAAUUAGCGAUGUAGCCAGCCACUUCGAGAGCAUGGGAUUCGAUAUUUCAGGCCGGUCAAAUAUAGCUGACGCAAUUAUGGACAUUAUUUCCGACAAUUCGACCAUACUUGAUCGGGCGGGUCGUCAUGUUGAUCUCAAGGAUAUGGCAGAGACCUGGUGUAGUAAAAAUCCUUUACCAAUAGAAGUUCCCUCCGAAAAGAACACACCCGAUUCUCAGGCUGAAUUAGAAGCGUUAACGCAAUCGGCUGCAAGCAGGGGCGCACUAUGGCACAAACAAGCCUCUUUAUGCUUUACGCGGUCUAUCAAGCAACAGUGGCAGCAGAAAAAAAGCUUUGCUCUUGAAAUAGGUGUGGGCGCGACAGCCGGCUUACUUAUCGGAUUGUCUCUGUACCCAACUAAUGGAAUUCAUUUCCAGGGCAUUUACAAAGCACCAUUUGAACUUCUCUCUAGCGCAGUCACUUACUCUCUUGUACCCCAGAUCGGUCUCUUUUGUUGUUUGUCCAUCAGUCUUGCGGCUGCCGCUCCUGGUGUCAAGAUUUUUGGCGAAGAGAAACAAAUUUACUGGCGAGAAGCUAGCGCUGGUCAUUCUAGAUCAGCAUAUUAUGUUGGAAAAGUGAUAUCGACACUUCCUCGUAUAUCCAUCUCCGCAAUACACUACACAGCCUUCUUCUAUAUCCUUGCCACCCCGCUCAUGAAUUUCUGGAGGGCCUAUGUUGUCAAUCUGAUGUAUUUUUACUGUAUAUACGGACUAGCUUCGAUCACUUCUAUGUUGGUCAGACGCGAAGACGGUCCACUGAUGGCUAUGAUAGUAAGCUUGAUUAUCAGUGUUUUCAGUGGUUACGGCCCACCUUUAAGCUCAGUUGAAAUGUGGCAUAUGUCGUGGUUCUGGCGCUCUUGUCCUGGGGUUUGGUAUACAGAAGCUCUUUACGACCAGAAUCUUAGACCUCUAGAAUAUCUUUACGACAUACGCGCAGCUGAGCUGUCUACAAGAUUCGUUCGCGGAAGAUUCGGUGUUGAUGUUAUAUUACUCGCUAUUAUCGGCUCUAUAUACCGUGUAUUUGCCUAUUUUGGGCUCACUCUUUUGGACAGACAUAAGCAGCGAUAA